UCACGUUCCCGCUGACCGUUGACCGCCAUACCGGUGUCCCCGGCGGUCCCGCCGCACCUGCCUUCCCUGCCCCUCCCCGGCUCGGGUCCCCGCAGCACCCCGCCGAGCCGGGGAGGGGACGUGCUCCUGCCGGGCGCCCGGAGGCUGCAGGGGGUGCGGAGUCGGCCCGCCCCGAGGGGCGUGAGCAGGGGCGGAGCCACGGACUUCGGACUCGCGGCCCUGCUGAGCCCAGCCGCGUCUGGAAAUGGCGAUGCCGGCUUUCUGGCUCGAGGUGCGCGACUCCUGCACCUCCAUGGGCCUGAUGAUGUCGGUGGUGCUGCUCGUGGGGGUGGCCCGCGUGUGUGUGCGGCAGCAUGUGCAGCGGGCCGCGCUGCACGCCUUCCUGUUGGAGCUGCUGGCCACCUUUCAGCUGUGCCUCUGCACGCACGAGCUGCAGUUGCUGGGCGAGCAGGAGCCCCCGCACUCUAGCUGGCCCCUGACGCUCAUCUACUUCUUCUCGCUGGUGCAUGGGUUGACUCUGGCCGGCACAUCCAACAACCCGUGCGGCUUGCUGAUGCAGAUUCUGCUAGGGGCCAUGACCCCCUCUACGGGGCUCCUCAAGCUGGGGGCCCAGCUCAUCGGGGCCCUGAGCAGCAAGCUGUGCGUCGUGGGCCUGUGGAACCUGGAGUUGGCCCGCUUCCACGAUAGCGACAGGAGCUUCGUUUGCAGGAGUCCCAUCCAGGUGGACCUGGCCAAGGCCUUCUUCGUCGAGAGCCUCUGCUCCUUUAUCUUCCACAGUGCCCUGCUGCACUUCCAGGAGGUCCGCGCCACGCUGCGCAUCCACCUGCUCUCGGCGCUAAUCACCUUUUUGGUCUAUGCAGGAGGAAGUCUGACAGGAGCUAUAUUCAAUCCAGCUUUGGCACUUUCACUACAUUUCAAGUGUUUCAGUGAAGCUUUUUUUCAGUUUCUUAUGAUAUAUUGGCUGGCUCCUUGUUUAGGUGUAUUGAUGGUGAUCUUGACAUUCAGCUUCUUUCUGCCAUGGUUGCAUAACAACCAGAGGAAUAAUAAAAAUGAGUGACUUUUCUAAAAGCCUCAGAUUAAGUUACAGGAUAGUGGAGCUGGAUAUGAAAAAGAUUUUAUCACCUCACAUUCAACACGUUGGCUGCACUGGACUCCCCAAUGUUAGUGUCCCCUGAGGGACUCUCUAUAGUCUUCCAUCAUUGAGACUUAGGAAACUUACUGUGAAAUGAGGUAUCCUGUGUUUGUUCUUUUGAGUGUGCAUUAAAUGCUGCUAGAAAAGUCUCAUGACAUUGA